CGAUGGCUGCAGGCGGUUAUAGCAUUGCGCAUGCGUUGUUAAAGAAAGCAAUGUAAUUCCUUACCAUAGAGACUAGACAUUCUCUUUCUCUUUUCAAUAGCAAGAUAAUUUCACUUGUACGAGCGUGUUAUACCUCUCCUACUCUAAUCCUAUGGGCAUCGCGGUAGCUUCGAAGGGGGGGAAAACAGCAGACGACGACAAGGCUGGAGACAGAGAACAGCAGCACAGUGAUUCGCCGUUGUUUGUGUUCGACGCUACGCUGCUGCUGAUCGCGCUCACGCAAUUAUACUCAACGUGCAAAUAAAUGUUGUUUGUCUUUGUUGGCGAUGUGAUUGUUUGUGAUUAUCGACAUCGACGGAACCGGUAGCGCUACGCACGAUGAUGCUCAAAUCGACCAAAGUCUUUCUAGCCUUCUUUGAAAUAAUUCUAGGCAUCUCUGCUACCACUCACUGGGUCGUUACCGAAAAUGGGAGAAUUCAGUCGCAGCCGGAUUCCGUGUUUCAAAUGCGCCGUCCUUACGACCUUGUCGCCUUCCUCGAGCAAGAAGAUCGUCGGAAUGCUGUUGACGCCUUGUACAGACAACUUGUGGCGAGGAAGGCUGCUAUUCACAGUCGCUGCGCUAGCCUGGACUCUGCAAUGGAUGUCGAGACUCGAUUGUACUCUACAGACCCUGAUUGCCUGUUGGCAGGUAAACCCCUCGCCGAUGUAGAUCUCUAUGCCAGCGUCGCGACUGAUGGAAGCUACAGAAAUGGCGUUACACAAAAGGAUUAUCUGCUAGACGGUGUUCCUAAGGACGGGAAGAAAAAAGUUCCUGACUGCAAAAAAACAUUUCCUUUGGAUUUCAGCAUGUUCACUUUCGAACAUUUGAGUGCAAUGCGGAACAGGAAAAACUUGACCCAGCAGCAGGAAAAGGGUCUGAUAAAGUACCUGCCGCCUGGAACGGAUCUCAAUAAGUUUGGACACCAAGUUGCUUACGGUCUCAUAAGAAACAGCAGCUCUUGGCUCCACUUUAACCUCGCUGCUAUAUACUGGCGGGUUAGAGGAGACUCGUACAACGCGCUCGAGUGCGGUCGCCGGGCCAUUGUCACAGCUCCUCGGCGGUAUCGUGACAUUGCUCUGCUCACGACAGGAGGAAUAUUACAUGCUGCAAAGCACUCAGGUGAAGCAGCAAUAAUCUUACACACAGCGAUAAGCUAUGCCCCUACUCAGAGUCACCAACACUUGGCACUGGGUCAUGUCUACGCUGCCCUCGGCGACUAUAAUCGAUCGGUGGCUUGUUACGACAAUUGUCUCCGGCUAGCGCCGACGAUGGAUCAGGCAAGACAUGCCAAGCAUGCGAUACUGUGUCAUCAAAAGCUGGAAAUUGCUCUAACCUCGCUUCUCCAGCAACUGCAAGAUAUCCUGGCUGAACUUCACGCCUAUCAUGGACAGCAGGAAGAAUGGCUUAAGCUCCAGGAACGCGUAUUGUGGGAGCAGGCGCCCAAAGCGGCCUUCAUCAGAUUGCAGAAUGGUAAUAUUCAGGAGGAGACUCUAGGCACCAUUUUGACGACCAGGGGUCAGUCCUGCAUGCAGCGAGGUGGCAACGAUGCCGUCCUGACCUGCGACGUAACAAGCGAGAGUCAAAUGUUGGCACACAACUUGCAGAUAGAUCUGAGCGUCAGUUUCCAGCUAUUGAAAAACGUUGAGAAUCAGCUCACUAAGAUCGAGGAACAGAUGGCUAAAUCGAGAAGUUGGCAUGCAAGUAAGGAUCGCACGAUUAAGUCGACCGAGUUUCCCAAGGAAAGGGGACCCGAGUUUUUCACCGUGUUCAUGGAACCGACGGGCAGACCGAAGUAUCACAAUUUUAAGAUCAAAGAGGGAACCGAGGAAUUUGAGAACGAGAAAUGGCCCAGAGCUUCAGAUUGCGAGGGUCGGUUGCCACUGUUGACCGAUUCGAAACAAUACGUUCCAGCAUACUUACCGCCGGAAAACAAAGGCUACGCAACUCAUUUGUUCGUGAGCGAACUGAUAGGCAUUGAUCCUGGCAAGGAACAUUCGCUUCCGUGGUAUCCACCAGCCUGUGAAGCACCAAAAACUUUCGAUGCCAAGUAUAUUUCUACGACGUUGUUAAAAGCAACAAUAGGAAACAACUUGCCAGACUCGUCGUUGUCCCAGGUUUUGAAAAGUCUAGUGAAAGACUCUGAGCUCGCCGAAAUCGGACAGCGGAUUCUUACUGCUACCAGAAGCAAAGUCGCUGCACCUUGGGUUUUGUCAAUGCUGGCUUCACUGCACUGGCGAGUCGUCGGAAAGCCGAGAAAUGCUCUGGACUGUCUUCAGUUGGCACUGUCGACGGUUCCAAACAAAUUCCGAGACGUUCCCCUAGUUAGUAUAGCCUCCAUAAGUCAAAAAGUUGGUCUCAUUGAGGACGCGCUGAGAGUGGCUAGGGAAGCAAUAGAAGUGAACCCAGUCGAGCCCAUCACCAAUUUCCUAUAUGGCUCUCUCCUGCAUGUCAAAGGUAACAAUUCGGGAGCUAUACACCAUCUGAAACAAACUCUGCGAGUCGACGUACACGCCAUAAAUGGACGGGCCUUAACGAUGCUCAGAACAUUGGCAUGUCAGGAAUGGUUGAACAAUGGAGGACCCGAUUCUGCAGGAAGCCCCGGUGGCACGGAAACUUGCGGAGCGCCUCAUCUGCCGCCAGAGAUGAUAACUAGGCACAAGCUUUGUGUAGGUGAAGCGGUGGUGUGCGACAGCGAUGGGAAAAACUGCAAACACGUGCAAUGCGAUGCAGUGAGGACAACUGGAGAUACGACCGGCAGUGCAAGGUGUACAAGAAAAGUGGAAAAAGUUAUCAAGCAUCAGAGUUUAAUUGACACACUGAUGACAACUGGGAACGAAGGCGGCGCUGACGAAUCUGAGCUGGAAAAUAUGGUGAAUAUGGAGCAAAACUCAUUUCACAUGCGGAUAUCUUGCGGUGACGAUGUCAAAGAGCCCGGGGUCAAUGUACUCGAUGAUUUUUACGUAUCCAUGACUGAGGAAGGCUCUAACGACGCUGGUUUACAAAUUCACGAUAUAACUGGAAUGUUUUCACUCAGUCCCAAGGGAUGCAGGGACAUGCGGCAUCCGCCUUCUCGCUCUUUCCAAUCUAUGUGGCAUCAUAUCACUGCCAGAAAUAUUGACAUCAGUCACGACCUAAAACCCUUAAAAGACGGUCCUUAUCAGCAGCCGAUAUGCGAAGGAGGAAAUCCCGACAUCAAUGACGUCGCGAAUCUGGACGCGUUAUCAGAAAUCUUGCCGAAUAUGACGGAAUUGGACAAUGCUGAAUGGCUCGCUCUCAUGGCUAAUGAUCAAAAAAGCACCGUCGAGCAACUGGGAGCUGGAAUAGCCGUUGCUUUGCGAAAAAAUUCUCGAUCGUGGACUUUAGCGACGGCCGCUGCCUUGUACUGGCGAGUCGACGGUCACAGUCGAAGAGCGGUCGAUUGCAUUAGACAAGCGUUGGUCAAUGCGCCAGACGGAAUGCAGGAUGUUCCACUGAUAACGCUCGCAUCUUUACUAAGCAAACGCGGCUUUCAUCAAGACGCUUUGCGGAUAGCUGACCUGGCGCUGAUGAAAGGACCGGAAUUUGUGAUAAAUCACUUCUCUAUGGCGAAUCUGCACACGGCCGUGGGUGAUUUUGAAAAGGCUAUAAGUUUUUAUCGAUCGUCGCUAGCUCUCGAUCCAAACUUUGAGCCGGCUCGCAGCAAACUUCAGGCUAUACUUUGCCUCCUUUUGUUUGAUGAGUCAACGCAAACUCUACGUGAGAUGACUGGCAACAACUGAGAAAAAACUUUAUACCUGCCUAUAUAUACUACGCGAAAUCUUAAAGUACAUAGUUCAUCGAUGAUAAUUUGCCGUGACUUGUGGGAUGUCAUUUUUAUUCGUCGCUUGAUUUUUUCAAUAUUUGAACAGUACUCAUAAGAUGCGGUAAACAAAUCUUUGAUCGGAAAGUAACGAACUGAUUUUUAAUCUUAGAAAAGAGAGGGAUUUAUAAAUAUAUGCAUAUAUUUAUAUCACAUAUAUACCAAUAUAUACUAUACGUGAGGCGUGCCAUGUUGAAAUAAUUGAAAUACAUAGAUUCUGAGGUCGCUUUUUCUCCGAUGAGACUCACUCAGUUUCAUUCUAUAAUCGUUGAAAUUUUUGUCGUUAUGAGAAAAACGUCUAUUUAUUUCAUGAUAUUAUAAUACCUAAAGUAUAGUAGGUAUAAAAAGGUAUGAAACCGGUACCUCUAUUUCGGGUAUUACACCUAACACAGUGUGCAUGAUAAUUCCAAAAUCCAUGUGAUCUUUAUGGGACGUAAGAGGAAAUUUUUUUUUGUCAAUAUGCAUAGCUAUUUCUCGAAGUCAUUUAACUAAUUAUUUAUUUCACUACGUAAGAAGAUAUCAUUAGGUUCUUUUAUUUUAUUUCCUUUCAAUGGGUGACAGGCGAUAGAGUUGUAGAAGAAAAUAGAUGAUGUGCAAUUUGUCUCCAAUGAUUGGACUAGAUUUUUCCUCGUUUUUCAUUAUGCUAGCCUGUCAGGUUUUUUUAGUUAGAUUAUUUCAUUCUUGGUAUCGUUACUUCAAAUGCAAUCGCAGGUGGAUUCAACUAGAAUAUUUGCAUACACACAUAAUGUAAAUAAUCUUAUCGAUUCCGAUGUUCGUUUCGAUCAAUAAGUGGGAGAAAUAAUACUUUUGAAUGAUAUUUUUUCAACGAAAAUAAUAGUAUUUAUAUUAUAAUGUUGAUUAAUCAACCGAUCAACUGAAUUCAACAUUAAAAUAAAUAUAAGUAUAAUACACCUAGUAUAUACGUGUAUGAUUAUCCAUUACAUAGUGUAUAUUCGAAUCUAGAUACAUAUAGGUAUAGACAGAAUUAAGAGUAAUGAAAUGAAAGACAGAGUUUAAUUCAACAGCUUUUUUUUAGAUUCUUUUAUUAGUUUGUUAUUUAUCAUUUUUCAUAACUUCUUUGCUUGCGAAUUAAUUUUUGACUACACCUAUACUUGUAGGUUUUGGACUCAAUUAUACAUAGUUUUAAUUUUUUAAGACCAUAAUCUAAACAGUUUUACAUAUAUGAUAUGCAUAGGUAGGUAAAACGUUGUGAUAUCCUUUUUCCGUUUUUAUUCUUUCGUUUGGAAUGAGGUUUUUUUUUAUUGAGAAAGAUGGCGAAUGAAAAAAGAGAGGAACAGAACUUAACAGGGUAGAUGUCGUGUGGCAUCGCGUAGCAAUUUAGAGGCUGUCACAUUAUGGUUUACAUAUACAUGUAUAUGUAUGAAUAUAUACACACUGUACAUAAUAAUUCUAUUAUAUUAUAUAAAAAAACAAAGAAAGACGCGGCCGCAUGCUUGAAUUGAAAGAAAUUAGCGAUUUUCGUGAAUAUAAAAAAAUCGCUUCAAAUCUUUGGGUUUAAAUGUGAAAGUACGUUUUUUGAAUGUAAAGUAGAAGAAGAAGAAGAAGAAUAAAUAAUAAAGCCAUGAAUAAUUGGAAGAAAAAGUAAAGAAAUAUCACUGCAUGAAGCACGGUUAUAAAUUUCUUAUUUUUUUUGCAAAACAUAUUUCUAAUCAUCUCACAUCUCACAGGUAACAUGAUAAAAUUUGACACGCAUUACAAGUUUAAUUACUCUACAGGAAAAAAUAGGUAAUGGGGGUGAAAAUUGAAACUAGAAAGCAAGAAGAAAAGGAAUCAAUAAAGAUAGUAACAAAUGAAAUGGAGAAAAGUUUUU